GCACGGGACGCCCACCGGCAUCUUUAAAAUGUGGACUUCGCUAUAAAUGCGCCCAACAAACUCCCACCCAGAAGCCGACGACGGGCCUGUGCACGCACGUUGCACGGUCUCGAACGCUGUCGCACACCCCUUCAACGCCUACUACGCCACUACGAUUCCUGCUAAACCAUGGGUGCAUCCUUGUCUGUUCUGUUUUCGCAGGGUUUCCCGCCGAAGACCACGUACAGCGUCGACCAAAUCCCCGACCUUACAGGGCGCGUGGUACUCGUUACUGGCGGUAAUACGGGCAUAGGCUACGAGACUAUCAAGGCGCUCUUGCAGCACAAUGCGAAGGUGUACAUGGCCACACGCAGCAAGGAGAAGGCAGAGAAGGCCAUUGCGUCGCUGAAGGAGGCGACCGGCAAAGAGGCCAUAUUCCAUGAACUCGACUUGUCGAGCCUCGCCUCCGUGAAGAAGUCUGCCGAGGAGUUCCUUGCCAAGGAGCAUGAGCUGCAUAUCCUCUUCAACAACGCCGGUGUGAUGAUUCCUCCCCCGAACCUCGUCACGAAGGAGGGGUACGACCUCCAGUUCGGCACCAACGUCGUCGGACACUUCUACUUCACGGAGCUGCUCAUGCCCGCGCUGAUCGCGGGCGUGUCGUCCUCCCCGGACCACCACACGCGCAUCAUCACGACGUCCUCCUCGUCGGCGUACAUGGGCAAGCUGAACUACGACACGUUUAAGGACGGCCCCGCGCGCAAGAAGCUGGCCAGGAGCGACCUGUACAACCAGAGCAAGCUCGCCAACACCGUUGUCGCGCACGAGAUUGCGAAGCGCUAUGCCGACAAGGGCAUUAUCUCCAUUUCUGUUAACCCCGGGAACAUCAAGACCGAUCUCCAGCGCCACGUCCCUGCGUUCGUCCGCAAGCCCCUGAGCGCGCUCAUCCUGUACCCGACGCCCAUGGGCGCCCUGACGCAGCUCUUCGCCGGGACGUCUGAGGAGGCGCUCAACCACAACGGCGAGUUCCUCAUUCCGUGGGCACGCUUCGGCAAGUGCGUGCCGGAGACAUACGAUGCCGAGGUCGGUAAGAAGAUGUGGGAGUGGCUGGAUGGCGAGGUCAAGGCCUUCGAGGCGUCGCAGACUGCCGCUUGAUUUCCCUCUUUCUCACUCUUUCUGGGAUAUUUCUUUCUUGUACGCUGUUAACGUGGUAGGUCGGGUGAUCUUGUUGUAUUCUGGACUGUCGGCGCACUAUGCCAUACUAUAUACCCUCUU